AUGCAACAUUGCACAGCCGCGACGACCAGAUACCUCCUUGCCGUUCCUCCAAAUGGCAAAUAUCGAGCAACGAUCUUUCUGAUCCAUGGUUUCCCGGAUAUUUCUAUGUGUUGGAGAUACCAAAUCCCUACCCUUCUCAGUCUCGGUCUGAGGGUAGUCGCACCCGAUUGCAUUGGCUAUGGGCGUAGUGAAGCUCCGCGGUUUACCCCCGAAUCAGCCUGGCGGUAUGGCUACAGGCAAUGCGCUAAGGAUAUGAAGGAGCUUGCACGCCAGCUAGGGUCUUCGCAAGUUAUUCUAGGAGGCCAUGACUGGGGCGGUGCUGUUGUUUAUCGUAUAGCACUUUACGAACCCGAAUUCGUCACCCAUCUAUUUUCGGUCUGUACUCCUUACUGGCAGCCGACAAAAGAGUUCAGAUCACUUGAGGAGACAGUGGCGAUGAUCCCGUACUUCGGAUACCAGCUUCAACUUGCCAACGGGGGUUUGGAAAAUAUCCUUCAGACAAAGGAACAGAUUCGUCAAUUUUUAAACGCCAUGUAUGGAGGUCGGACAGCAAGUGGUGAGGCCGUAGUAAGCACGGAAAAGGGCAUACUUCUGGAAAAGCUGCCUGGAGUCAAGCAAACUCCAUUGCUCAGCAAGACGGAAAUGGAUUACUAUGUGGACGAAUUCUCAAGAACAGGUCUACACGGGCCAAUGAACUGGUACCGAACCCGAAAGCAAAAUUGGAAAGAGGAACAAGAAUUCAUGGACAGCUCUAUCGAAGCUCCCGUUCUAUUUAUCCAGGCAACCAAAGAUACAGCACUACGACCGGAACUUGCGCGUAAUAUUGACCGGUAUCUCAAGAAUCUGACCAAGUGCGAAGUUGUUGCUUCACACUGGGCACUAUGGGAAGCCCCAGAGGAAUGCAACGCGCAUAUUAAGCGGUGGCUCGAAGACGUUGUGUUUGGUAGAAAGGAAAAGUUGUGA